CCAGCGCCAUGGCUGCCAGGCAGAGAGAAGGCGGCAGCCACCUGCUCGACGGCCUGCGCGCCUGUGGACUGAAGCUUCCGGAGGACCCGCGACAGCGAGAAAAAUCUGUCAUUGCUCAACCAAUAUUUGUUUUUGAAAAGAGAGAACAAACAUUUAAGAGACCUGCAGAAGAAGCCCUGUAUGAAGCAGCAGAACCUGAAUGUAAUGGUUUUUCAAGGAAGCGCAUGCGAUCUUCAUCUUUCUGUUUGCAUACUGCAGAUUCUCGGUCCCAAGGAGUGUCUACCUUGACCCAGAAGCAAAUGAGAUCAUCGCCCUUCACUGACCUCCCAGCCUUCCCCCCAUCUGGGCCAGUGAAGAAAAACAACGUUUUUAUGACGCCAACUCUUGUGCAAAGGAAUGUUGAUGUGAACAGUGCAGAACAAAGUCCUGUGAAACAUUCUGAACGGGUUCUAAGACCUGCUAUUCUGCAGCCACCUGGAAGUCGCAGGUGUGAAAAAAUAAGACACAGUGCGUCGGAACACUGCAGUACCAAAGAAAAACCAAAAAAUGAGAUUUCUGAGAGGAACUCCUACUUGCUAAGUGAAAAUUUACCAAGUGCCAGCAUUUCAGCCCAGCUAUCUACUCACCAGAUUCUUUUGGGUGCUACGUCAGUACAAUGUCAACCAAAUGAAGAUAAGUAUUCUUUGAGAAGCUGCAGUUCUGAUUUCGUUUUUGGAGAAAACAUGAUAGAAAGAGUGUUGGGUAUGCAAAAACUCACCCAGCCUCAACUCGAGAAUGAUUCCUAUGCCAAGGAGAAAACAUUCAAAUCCACUCUAAAAUAUCCUAUCAACUCUCCAAACGCAAGAACAGACUCCAUUAAAAAUGUAUCCCUAAUUGAAUCAGCUGCUGCUCUCUCUUCUAAAUCAUCACCAAAAUGCUUGCUGAAGAAAAUUGAUGUGAUAACAGGGGAGGAAGCAGAGUACAAUGUGUUGAAGAUCAACUGCAAGCUUUUUGUAUUCAACAAAACAACACAGUCCUGGACUGAAAGGGGCCGAGGAGCUCUGAGGCUGAAUGACACAGCCAGCGGCGACUGUGGAGCCUUCCAGUCAAGACUAGUUAUGCGCAAUCAAGGCAGCCUGAGGCUGAUUCUCAAUAGCAAACUCUGGGCUCAAAUGGAGAUUCAAAGGGCCAACCACCAAAAUUUACGAAUAACAGCUACUGAUUUAGAAGACUACAGCAUCAGAGUGUUUUUAAUUCAGGCCAGUGCCAAAGACACAGGAUCUCUGUAUGCGGCAAUACAUCACCGUCUUGUUGCUCUUCGAAGCUUCCAGAAGCAGAAAGACGUAAACCAAGCUGAAAGCCAGCCAGAAGCAGUCCUCCAGCAACUAAGCUGCGACAGCUGUGAUGAAGAUGACGAUGACUUCAUCCAAGUCACUAAGAAUAGAUCAGAUCCUUCUAGGUGGACCCACCGACAGUCAGUUGCCUGUUCAUGAGUGCCACCUACUAUGAACAUGACACCAUCUAUACAAAGAUUGGUUACCUACUGAAAAUUCUAAGCCAUCCUGACUAAAUAAGAAGAUAUGGUUCAUUCCUUGAAGAAUUUUAAUAGGAAAGUUCAUGAAAUAUAACUUGUUGCAAUUGUUUUUCUCUUAUAUAGUCUAAUAAUUCUGAGGUUUUACAUUUUGAUUAUUGUGGAGAAAAUUAACAGACUCUAAGAAAUACAUGGACUUCAAAAGUUCAAAAUUUGUCAUUUUUGAAGAAGUUAAUUUAGAAUAGGAUUUGGUAACUAAUUUGGACUAUUCAUCACAUUGAUGGAUAUAAUAAAAUUAUAAAUUGCUGGAUUUGAUAAAUAUCUAAGUAAAAUGUUUAUUUUUUCAGUCAUACGUCGUAUGGCCAUAAAACA